AUGGUUCCAGAUUUUUUUCCUAGGUUUUCUAUCUCCAGUGUUGCCUCACUUUGGGUUCUUUAUUGUGUCUACUUCCCUUUUUAGGUCUUGGAUGGUUUUAUUCAAUUCCAUCACCUGUUUGGUUGUGUUUUCCUGCAAUUCUUUAAGGGAUUUUUGUGCUUCCUCUUUAAUAUCUUCUACCUGUUUAGUAGUGUUCUCCUGUAUUUCUUUAAGUGAGUUAUUUAAGUCCUUCUUGAUGUCCUCUACCAUCAUCAUGAGAUAUGCUUUUAAAUCCGGGUCUAGCUUUUUGGGUGUGUUGGGGUGCCCUGGACUGGGCGAAGUGGGAGUGCUGGGUUCUGAUGAUGAUUUCAAAGCUUCACCAAGUAAAGGAACUCAGAAAUCCAGACAACAGUUUUCAUGAAGCUGAUCAGCAGGAGCUUCCUCUGCCAGGCCUGCUCCCCAAAGGAAGAACGCUCAGAGCCAGGCCUUGGAGAUGAGAGAUGAGAUGCGUAAUGAAGAGCUGUUUGUUUUCUAGAGAUCUACAAGUCAAUUUGGGAUGCUUCAUCGGCCAAGUUUCUAUCUCUGUACUAGGCAACCAUUACAUGUUUACAGUUUGAAUAAAAUGUCCAUCCUUGCUUUCC